AUGCCAGUCACCACUGAUGAAGCGUUGAGCAAGAAGGGCGCAUGCAGCAGUAAGCGAUUGAGAGGGUGCAGCGGCAGUCAAGCGGAGGACGAGGCGAGGGAAAGCAAGCAAGAUAAGGUGAGCGGCAGUGCCAGAUGGCUGUUGCGCCAGCCGUCGAAGGGGGAUACGCAAGGCAUCGAGCACGGCAUCGAGCACGGCAUCGAGCACGGCAUCGAGCACGGCAUCGAGCACGAGAAGGCGAAUGCGAGGAGGAAUGCGGCGAAUGAUGGGUCCAGGAGAAACGAAGCGGAUUUUCCGGUGUUCCCAAACCAGGUGAUAAGCAUCCAGCUGCCAGUACUUGGUGCUCUACUGAAUUUCCACACCCUCUCUUCCCUCCCUUUCCUCCUCCCCCUCCCCCACUUCACCCUCCUCUCCCUCACCACGGUAGCAAAACAGGCAGGUGGUAAGCAUCCAGCUGCCAGUACCUAUGCCGCACCCCUGGCCUCCUUUACAGCUGUAGCCUUUAUUCCCCCCACUCCUACCCCUCCUCUCCCUUUUCCCCCUCCUCCCCCUCCUCUGUCUCAUCGUGGUAGCAAACAGGCAGCUGCAAACCGGCAGGUGAUAAGCAUCGAGCUGCCAGUACUUAUGCCGCACCCCCGCCCAUGUGUCCCCAUCCAGGCACCGGCUCACUGGCAGAGGGAUGAACUGAGUGGUCAGCCCCACGUGCUGCUGCAGAUCCAGGGCGGCUAUGUGGCAGCACCUGCUACUCUAUUGCACUCCUUCACCCUCUUUUCCUUCCACUUCCUUCUCUUCCUCUACCUCCUCUCCCUCCUCCCCCUCCGCUCUCUCCUCUGUCUCAUCACGGUAGCAAACAGGCAGGUGGUAAGCAUCCAGCUGCCAGUACCUAUGCCGCACCCCUGGCCUCCUUUACAGCUGUAG